AUGUUCGCCUCUUCCUUUCGUUCAGUCUGCCGUAAUGGCCCCGUGGUGGCCCGCAGCUUCAGCUCUACCGCCGCUACGAGCGCUGCCGAGGUCAAAUCGCUGGGUGUGAUCGGUGCCGGUCAGAUGGGUCUUGGAAUCGCUCUCGUUGCUGCACAGAAGGCUCAGAUUCCUGUCACUUUGGUCGACAGCAACCAGGCCUCCUUGGAUAAGGGACUUAAAUUUGCCGACAAGCUUCUUGAGAAAGAUGUCGCCAAGCAGCGUCUUACCCGAGAAGCCGCCGACGCGGCCCGAGGUCUUCUUAUCCCGACGCUGAAGAUGGACGACCUAUCCUCAGUUGACUUUGUCAUUGAAGCCGUCCCCGAAAUUAUCGAUCUCAAGCAGAAGAUCUUCAGCAAUCUUGCUCACAUUGCACCCAAGCAUGCCAUCCUAGCCACUAACACCUCAUCCAUCUCUAUCACCAAGAUUGCGGCUGCUACGACUACCGACCCCACCGACCUGCAGGCUCCAUCCCGGGUGAUCUCGACUCACUUCAUGAACCCUGUCCCCAUCCAGAAGGGUGUCGAGAUUAUCCGGGGCCUGCAGACCUCCCAGGAGACCAUGGAUACUGCCAUUGCCUUUGUCCAGCGCAUGGGCAAGGUGGCCUCGGUCUCCGCUGACUCGCCUGGAUUCCUGGCUAACCGUAUUCUUAUGCCGUAUAUCAACGAGUCGAUAAUCUGUCUGGAGACUGGUGUUGGUGGCCGCGAGGAUAUUGAUAACAUCAUGAAGACUGGAACCAAUGUUCCCAUGGGCCCUCUGGUCUUGGCUGAUUUCAUUGGCUUGGAUACCUGCCUGUCUAUUAUGAAUGUUCUCCACCAGGAGACUGGCGACAGCAAGUAUCGUCCUUCUGGUCUGCUGCGUCGGAUGGUGGAUGCUGGUUGGUUGGGUAAGAAGUCGGGCAAGGGCUUCUACGACUACUGA